GUGGAAGGAUACGGGCAAUCGCAUGAGAGCCAAGGAGCCUGGAGGGUGGUGGACGGGGUAUGUGCUGCUGGUGAGAACCCAACGCUGGCUCAACCAAUCCGUUACUAACCGAUUCUACUGGUGGCAUCACGUGACGCUUAUUGUGCCAGACAACUUGUCAAGCGCCAGCAAGGGGCUCGUGUUGUUGUUUGUUGGGGCGGGGUGGAACGACCACGGCCGGGACGACCGGCGCUACACCAUCCCCGAUACCACCGACGUCUACAUCCACGUCGCUGCCCCGCUGGUGGUGGAUCUGGGCAUGAUGGGAGUGAUGGUGCACCAGCAGCCCAUGAUGCCCAUCACCUUCCACGUCGCCCCACCUGGCGUCACCCGCAGCAUGAGCCAAGAGCUUCAGGAGGAGGAGAUCACAGCCUUCACCAUGGGCAUGGCACUGUACGACCCCAGCACGCCCGAGUGGCCCAUCUUCAUGCCCAUGGCCAAGUCCUUGGUGCGCGCCAUGGAUGCCGUGCAGCUUGCUGCCAGACAGAUGCUUCCACAUGUGCCCGUGGAGGCCUUCGUGAGUGUCGGGGCGAGCAAGCGCGCGCACUUGGCUUGGCUCUCUGCAGCUCUUGAUAAGCGAGUGGUGGCCUUCAUAGCGUACGGCUACGAUCUCAUCAACCUCCAGCCCAACCUGCAGCAUCUGCUCGACUCGGUGGGCGCCGUGCCCAUCCUGGGCCGCUUCUAUGUGGACUACAACCUCACGCACUUCCUGCACUCGCCCCUGCUGCCCCCCCUUCUGAGCUACACGGACCCAUACUUCUUCAGGGAGCGCCUGACCAUGCCCAAGCUGCUCAUCUCCGCCUCCAAUGACGAGUUCUUCUUCAUGGAUGACUCGUACUUGUAUUUCAACGACCACCGCCCACGCUGUUCAAGAUCGUGGCCAACCUGGACCACAUGGUCAUCCAGAAGUCCUACUGG